AUGGGAUCACAAGAGAAGAUUUUGCCCCAAAAGGGACAGCGGAACAUCCUCAUCACCAGUGCCUUGCCCUAUGUGAACAACGUCCCUCACCUGGGAAACAUUGUGGGAUCCGUCCUGAGUGCCGAUGUCUUUGCUAGAUACCAUAAAGCUUGCGGCAGACCAACGCUGUACGUUUGCGGAACAGACGAAUAUGGCACAGCAACCGAAACCAAAGCGCUCGAGGAGGGCGUGACCCCCGAACAGUUGUGCGCCAAAUACAACAAGAUCCAUCAAGAAGUUUACGAAUGGUUUGGGAUAGGCUUUGACAUAUUCGGGCGCACUCCGACGCAGAAGCAUACCGAGAUUUCACAGAGGAUAUUCAAGAGGCUUUAUGACAAUGGGUUUUUGGAGGAGAAGACCGCCGAGCAGCCAUAUUGCGAAAAGCACGAGUCGUUUCUGGCAGAUCGAUAUGUGGAAGGGGAGUGUCCUCGAUGCCAUUAUGAUGAUGCUAGAGGAGACCAGUGUGAUAAAUGCGGCAACUUGCUGGACCCUUUUGAUUUGAUAAACCCUCGCUGCAAAGUCGAUGGCGCAACGCCAGUCAGCCGGCCUACGAAACAUAUUCAUCUUCUUUUAGAUAAACUUCAACCUCAAAUCGAGGAAUGGGUGCGUCCUGCUAUUGAAAAGGGAGACUGGCCGAAAAACAGCCGUGUGAUCACAGAGUCAUGGUUAAAGGAGGGUCUUAAAGAUCGCGGCAUCACACGAGACUUGAAAUGGGGUGUACCAGUUCCGCUCGAAGGCUACGAGAACAAGGUGCUUUACGUGUGGUUUGAAGCUUGCAUUGGAUAUCCUUCUAUAACGGCUAACUACACCGAUGAUUGGGAACUCUGGUGGAGAAGUCCAGAGGACGUUCAGUUAUACCAGUUUCUCGGCAAGGAUAAUGUACCGUUCCAUGCUGUGAUCUUCCCGGGCUGUCAAUUGGGAACAAAGGAUAAGUGGACCAUGCUACACCAUCUUAGCACUACCGAAUAUCUAAAUUAUGAGAGCGGAAAAUUUAGCAAGUCUCGUGGUAUCGGCGUUUUUGGAAACAAUGCAAAGGAUACUGGUAUCCCGGCAGAUGUAUGGAGAUAUUACCUUCUCAAAAACAGGCCAGAAACGGGUGAUACCCAAUUCGAAUGGCGUUCUUUCAUUGAUGCCAACAACGGAGAACUCCUUGCUAAACUGGGCAAUCUGGUAAAUCGAGUUGUCAAACUGAUAGCCAGCCCCAAAGCCUAUAGCGGUGUUGUCCCUGAUUUCACAGUCCAGGAAUCGUUCAACCCAGUUUUGGACGAUAUCACAACCAUUCUUCGACAAUACAUCGAAGAAAUGGAGACCGUCCAUCUCCGCGCCGGCCUCGCCACGGCCAUGCGAGUUGCCGAGGCAGGCAACAACCUCAUUCAAUCCAACAAACUCGACAAUUCCCUGAUCGCCAACGAACCCGAACGCGCCGCCACUGUGGUCGGAAUAGUGAUCAACUUGAUUCACCUUUGCGCCAGCGUCUUUUCUCCAUACCUUCCUGCCACCUCAAAAUCCAUUCUCGAACAACUCGACGCUCCAUUCGCAAAUAUCCCCUCAUUAGAAGAUCUCAAAGAUGGCUGGAAACCCACAGCGAUCAAGGGGGGCCACAAGAUCGGCAAAGCGAAAUACCUCUUCUCAACCAUCGACGUCAAAAAGGCCGAUGAAUGGCGCGCCAUGUUUGGCGGCUCGCAGGCAGAAAGGCAGAAGAAAGAGGAAGAAGCUGCUAAACUAGCAGCGAAGAAGGCGGCGAACAAGGCGAAGAAGAAGGAAAAGAAGAAGCAGCCCAAGGGAGAGACGGAAGGUGAAGAUACGGGAAAGAGCGUGGAAGCUUCUGCAAAGGGCGGCGCAGAGGCUGUUUCUGCGACGGUGGAGGGCGGGAAGGAUGAGGCUGUUGAGAAGAUUGCGGACGGUGUUGCGCAAGUAACCAUUCCAACAUCUUAG